AUGCUCACACUGCUGGCGCAGAUAGAGAUGUGCCUCAAUUCGCGUCCACUGACUCCAUUGCCAGACGAUCCGUCUGACCUCAAGGUCCUGACACCGGGACAUUUUCUCGUCGGGAGCAGUCUCCAAGCUGUCCCAGAAGUCGACCUCAAGGAGACUCCCAACAACCGUCUGAACCACUGGGAGUUGACACAGAAACAACUACAAACUAUCUGGUCCCGCUGGUAUCCAGAGUAUCUGCAGCAACUACAAUCCCGAACAAAGAAAGGCUGUAAUCCACCGGUUGCCAUCGAAGUCGACCGCGUUGUUGUUAUCAAGGAAGACAACGUUCCACCUGCCAGCUGGCCGCUGGGCAGGAUCGUCAAGUGCCAUCCGGGAAAAGAUGGUGUCGUCCGUGUGGUCACGCUGCGAACCGCUGCAGCCAAGGAAAUAGUACGCCCCGUGGCCAAGAUUGCUUUACUACCUACAUCGCCGAGAAGUUCUCCAAGUAGUUACUCGAUUGUUGGUCAAGUAAUCAAUUGCCCCGUAGAUGUAGGUGAGAUGUUGCGCUCCCUUCCUCGUCAACUUGACGACGAUCAAGCGUUUAAUGUAUUCAUCAAAAAACAUGUGAUACACAAGUCUUCCUACCUGUCCGGAUUCGUUAAGAAAUCGGUAGUUAAAGCUUGGCUUACGUAUUUAGUUAAAACGCCAUUGUACCGCAGAUACGGUAUCGUUAUGGACGGUAAUAGAAUAGAAGAUCUAGAUAACAGUGCUCCGGAUGAUCGGAUUGCAUUGGAAACCAUUGAUUUCGAUAAUGAAACAGAGUUGCUACUGGGUCAACAAGAAACGCUUUUAUGGAAUGAAGACAAAUGCCUAGAAAUCGCCCCCGCUCAAAACAAGAUCCCCUUGUCUAUAAUCUAUGAUGAGCAUGGCGAAGAGCUGUCAUAUCCUGCCAUUUAUUUCGGCUGUCCGCGUGAAUUUAGACCAGGCGUACGCGUGACGUACUUUAUGAUUGCUUCUAGCGAAACUCGUCGUUGUGAUAGACGAGGAGCAAAGCCACAGCACGUAUUAUACAUGGCGAUGAAAGUUCUUCGUUUACGAGUUUCGGAAGGAUUGCAAUGCACCUUUAAGUGUAUGGGCACCGCGAAUGUUACUCGCGGCGAUCUUCAGAAUAGGGAAUUUAUGGAGCAAUGCAUUAACCGGAAUCUAUCGUUCCUGAAAACCAUUCCGAACUCAGUCCAGUACUGGCAGCAAAGGAAAAGGGAUCUUUUUGCCAUGAUGCGCCAACUUGGUAAGCCUACGAUGUUCCUAACACUUAGUGCGAACGAAACAAAGUGGCCUCACCUGCUCAAAACUCUAUACCGGUUAUCCGAAAGAGAAAAUAACACCGAGUUAACAAAUCCAAUGCAGGAAUUGACUGCCUUACAGAGAGCAACAUUGGUCAACAAUGAUCCGGUUACGUGCUGCGCAUACUUCAAUAAGCUUGUGGACACGAUUAUGAUUCUGUUAACGUCGCCAAAGUACAACAUAUUUGGAAAAUAUCAAGUAGUUGAUUAUUUCAAGCGGAUCGAAUUCCAACAUCGGGGUAGUCCACACGCGCAUAUCUUGCUAUGGUUGAAAAAUGACCCACGUGAAGCAGUCGGAGAGAAUAUGACCGAUACCGUGCGGUUGAUUGAUGAACUCUGUUCCGUCAAGGCCGAGGAUUUACCGGAUACCUAUGGUUAUCAGGUUCAUAAACAUACAUUCACUUGCUAUAAGAAGAAUGAAAACCGCUGUCGGUUCAACAUUCCUUAUUGGCCCAUGGACCAAACCAGGAUACUCGUUCCUAUUGCUUCGGAUGAUAGCCGCCGCGAUCAGUUGGUUAGAAAGGCCAAGAAAAUGCGCGAAGUACUAGAUACAAAUGCAUUCGACACACUGGAAUCGUUUCUUCUUGAAUGUAAUUGUACAAUGGAUAAAUACCUCGAUGUUAUCCGUGCAACCAUUCGCCGUCCCACUGUUUUGCUCAAACGAUCCAUGUCUGAACUUUGGACAAACUCGUUUAAUCCGUGGAUAGCUCGAAAUCUGCUCUCGAAUAUGGACUUGCAGUUUAUAUUGGAUGAAUAUUCGUGUGCUGCGUAUGUUGUCGAAUAUGUGAACAAAACCAAUCGAGGAAUAAGUUGCCUUCAACGAGAUCUUAUCGCACUACAAGAACAAUUUCCUGAUCAAGACUAUACUGAACUUCUGAAGAAACUGAGCAUCAAAAUGCUCAACUCCGUGGAGAUGUCGGCCCAGGAGGCGGCAUGGUAUCUUUUACGUCAACCGAUGUCAGAAGCAAGUCGAGCGAUACAAUUCAUACCAACGAUGUGGCCGCAUGAGCGUACGAAAUCAAGAAAGCGAAAUGCACGAAUGGAUGAAGAGGGAAUCGACGACAGUUCAACUGAUGUCUGGACAUUAAAUAUCGUGCAAAAGUAUGAAGCGCGGCUCGGUCUAGAUGAUGUAUGUCUAGCCGAUUUUGCAGCAAAUUACACAAAAGAACGAAAUGGUACUAAUUCAUAUAAGAUCCGCCGUUUUUCCCGUAUACUGCAGUGGUGUGGCUACGAGAUGGCAAAGCUCUUUGAGUAUAAGCGAGAGAUGGUGGUGUUGUUUAUACCAUUUCGGAAUGAAAUGUGCGAUGUUCUCGACAAUAACAAGUUUCUUCAACUCUACGACCAAAACGAAGCAGCAAUUCUAGCGAAGCGCAAGCAAUAUGAUUGUGAGCUCAAUCUUGAACAUAUCGUUGACGAGUAUUUGCGGUUGUGUAUUGAGGAUGAAUCAGGUGUACAGGAAACGGAUGCUAAUGUUAAGCGUGCUGAGUGCACGAGAACCAUUGCAAUGGAACCAAAUGACGAUGAUAUUGUACUGCUACCCACUAACGCCUUAUCGGCGGUCAUUAAACAACGCACCUCGGUAAUGACCAGUCAAGAAUAUUGCAGUUUAAUGCGGAAGACAAAUCCGGAACAGCGCGCUCUGAUUCUUCACGUUAUCGACAGCCUCCAUUGUUUCGAUGAAACCAGAAAACCGCUGCAAUUGUUUUUCACCGGGCCGGCCGGGUGCGGCAAAACUUUCACGCUUCGUAUUGUGAUGGAGACAUAUAACCGCUUCAGUCAAGCUCAUAACUCUCUAAACAACGCCUAUGUUGCUUGCGCAUCUACCGGAAAGGCAGCGGUAGCUAUUGGUGGUACGACGGUGCAUUCCGCUUUCCAUAUAACAAUGGAUCGGCGGCAUCAUGGAAAGCUAGGUUUCGAGAUGCUCCAAUUGUAUCGCAAUUCAUUUGCCAAUAUUAAGCUAAUUAUAAUCGAUGAGAUCAGCAUGAUUGGUGCAAACAUUUUGAACACUGUUCAUACGCGACUGCAAAAUAUUAGUGGCAACUAUGAUGAUGCUUUUGGCGGAAAAGACAUUUUACUAUGUGGAGAUUUUCGUCAGUUACCGCCAGUAAAUGCUAGAGCCCCGUUUAAACCUGUGAACAAUUCCUUAGGAGGUGCUUCACUCUGGCAGUCUUUGAAAUUCUUCCCACUGCGUCAAGUUAUGCGACAGAGUGACACUGAAUUCUCAUCCAUACUCACAAAAAUCGGAAACGGCGAACAAUUAUCGGAUGACGAGACUAAAGUCAUUGAGGGGAGAUUCCGUACAGCUGAAUGGUGCCAGGAAAAUGUACCGAACGCAAUUCGCUUAUUCCAUAGGAACACCGAUGUAGAAGCAUUCAAUCAGAAAACAUUGAGUCUUCGGCAAGGAUUAGAUCAUACUGCUGAGGAUGUAAUAACUGGACAUAGAGAUGCUACCCAGCUGACGAGUGCCCGCACCAAACUAUAUCGCAUGAGCGUCGCUGAAACCGGAUGCCUUCCGUACAUGUUACGAUUGGUUGUGGGAAUGUCGUAUAUGAUAACUACGAACGUGGAAGUAGCAGACGGCAUUGUAAAUGGUGCGAUUGGCGAGCUUAUGUUCAUUGAGUUCGCAGAAACUGAAGAGCAAUCCGCCUGUCGAUUGUGGUUCAAGUUUCAGAAUGACACAGUUGGCGCUCAACUUCGAAUCAAGUCAAGGCCGAUAGUGUUUUCGAAGCCCGGUGUACUCAGACAAGACUGGACACCUAUCAGUAAGCGAUCCGCCAAUAUCAAACUUAGCAGCGCUAUUAAAUGUAAACGAGCUCAAUUCCCCGUCGUUAGUGCUUGUGCACUCACCAUACAUAAAUCGCAAGGUGGAACAUUCUCAGAAGUCGUUGUCGACUACGACAGAAGUCAGGAGCAGCAGUUAGUAUAUGUUGCGAUGUCGAGAGGCAGUAAUACUCCCAAAAUGAAAGAAUUGCGUACAGAGAUGAGUCGACUAGAGAACCACAGAUUGGUAACAAUUCGGGAUGAACUGAUUGAAUUCGUAACCAGCGGCAACCAUUCUUUCGUGCUAGUUAGUCUAAAUAUUCAGAGCUUCAAUGCUCAUUCUGAAGAUGUAUCAACUGAUCCCGUUCUUAGACUGGCAGAUGUCUUUGCGUUCAGCGAAACAUGGGCAAACAAUAACGCAUCGUUAGCAAUGGAAGGGUAUACCUGUAUCACGCAUUUUAAACGAGAAAACCAACGUGCUGGUGGAGUUGCCAUUUUCGUGAAAAGUGAAUUUGCAACUAUGUCAUCCCAACACGAAAUUAUAAAAGCGAGUGAGGUACAUGACGCUAUGCUUCUAGACGCGGAAAAUUUUGGAGAUAUCUGCGCUGCAGAAUUGUUUAUUGACGGAAGCAAAACAAUCUUAUUCGCCGUUUAUAUCUCACCGAAUACGUCACUGAAACUGAUACAACUGUUUUUAACUCGACAUCUGUUUUACUCGAAUUAUGAAACCCCAACAAUAGUGACAGGUGACUUCAAUGUGGAUAUCUCUAAAGAGGAGAAUAGCGAUUUGACAAUUUUGGAAUUGAAACGAGUACGUGAUAAAUCACCAAAUGAUUAUAAAUGA